AUGUCGCGUGCUUACCACGUGUGCAAGAAGUGCGGGCCCAGCAGUUGGAUCUUUCAGGAUCGUGUUGGGUCGAACCCGUUCUGCCAGAAGUGUGGAUGUCAGUGGCCGAAGGCCACGCAGCAGAAACCGACUGCGGUUGCAGGGGCGGACUGGGCAAGCCGAAAUGAUCCGGUCCGUGUAUGGAAGAAUAAGGGCCCCAAGGCCGCUCCACAGAAGGGCCGGCCUGACGGCAAGAUCCAUCGUGCAUUGCACUCCCUUUGGGAGAAAUUUACGCCUGCAGUGCAGCAAGGGCUUCUCGCAGCUGGCUGGAAGCCCAAGGAAGAGGACAAACCUGAGCCCCCGCCGGGGCUUCCGCGUAAAAGCGUUGGGGGAGGCAUCGGCAAGGGCAAGGGCAAAGGUAAGCAGCAGGAGCAGCGUGAGGGUGAUGCUGCCCAGGCCUUGUGGGCGUCUGCAAAUGCCGAUCAGAAAGCCCUCCUGCAGCAGCUGGGCUUCAAUGACCCCAGCCCGAGUGAGCCUGCAGACUUGAAGUCCUUGGUCAAAGCGCACAUGGAUCAGCUGCCUGAGUCCCUGAAGCAAGCGAUUGCCAGCCUGGAGCCUCAGACACCAGAGCCCACAGCAGCUGAGCAGGUGAUCACUGCGACCCGCAAGUUUAAGGCCAGCACUAAUGAGCUCCGUCAGCUCAUUCAAAAAUCUGCGGGCCUACAGGUUAAGAUAGACCGCGCCAAGUCUGCGUAUGCGGAUCUCUUAGAUCAGAUGAAAAGUGUUCAGGAGGAGCUUACGGACAAACAGAAUGAAGUGGCGGCCUUGCAAAAGGACCUUGAAUCCAGGGUCCAGUCGGCUCCUGAGCCGUCAGCCCUGCCAUGCAAAGAGGCCGUCCUGCGAGCGCUUCAGCAGUGUGGCAUCAACUUGAGUAGUGAGCAACAGGCCCUUCUUGACUGCAAUGCCAUGGAAGUUGAAGAGGCGAAGGAGGAGGCGCAGCAGGAACAACCUGGCGCCCCGAAGCCAGCCCAGGUGACCCCACAGCAGGGCUCUCAGCCCCCAGAGCAAGGCGCCGUCUGCGCUCCAUCUCCGGCCUACGGCGGCGUCGGUGCCAUGACAGAUUUUGCCAGUGUUGAAGGGCAGCUUCUUGAAUCAGUUGAGAGCAUUGAAGCUAAUUUUGAUGAGUCCUCCUUGGAAUGGUGGGCAGGGCAUCGCAUCUGUGAAUGCUUGGCUGAAGAGGCCGAGCCCAAUUGCACUAUUGUUGCCACUUUGCUCGCCACGGAGAUGCAAGCCACUGCCAUUCCCACCGAGGUCUUGUGGGAGGGCAGCCAGCACAUUUCUGAUAUCACUAGUGUGUUUGCGACCUGGUCCCGAGAUGCGGCCGCGUCUUGUGGGGUUUUCGAUAAUUUUCCUGGCAGUUCUUUUGUGAUUCAGGCCAAGCCGUUGGUGACUUCGUCUGCCCCACACCGACUGUGGAAGGGACAUGCCGAAUCCUUCUGGGAUCGCAUCGUUGCGUGGUCCAAAAAUUUUCGAGCCUUCCAGAGCAAUCCUUCUAAACAACAGGAGACUUUCUUAGCUCAGGCUGACACCCAUUGGGCUGAUGUUGGCAACCUGCCCUUUCACCAAUGGCAGGCUCAGGCCCUUGACAUGCUCACCGGCUGUGAGCCGGAUGCCGCUUGGGUUGAGGCCACGUCCCGACAGCAGCGCCAUGCUCGGAAGUUGCAUCUUUCGAACCAAAGUGCGGAUUAUCAGUCUUGGCUUCAGUCUUCCAUGAAAGCUGGAAUGAGGCCCCUCUUCCGAGCACUCAGCAAUCCAGAAGCCAAAAAUGAAAGGCCUUUUCUUGAUCGUCCGUUGGAAUUUCGGCCUUUCCUUAGGCUGGAGUUCUGGAGCAAAUUGUGGAAGGCGCAACCGUCGCCUCUACCGGAGCUCGACUCUCAGCUUCAGCAAGUAGCCCGGGAGCACGCGGCACAGCUACCUCCCUUGAGCCUUGAACAAAUCAAGCAAAGGAUUCGCAAGCUCAGCAACAAAGCUGGGGGAGCCGAUGGUUGGAGCUACGCACAGUUCAAGGUCUUGCCGGAUGAGGCGCUAGCCUAUUGCUUUGUGCAGUUCGUCGUACCGAUUGUGGGCGCCCUGCUGCAUAACUUUCCGCCACUGUGUGCCGACACUGCCUUGAAAGUUUACAGAGGGGCCAGAUACAUCAUUUCGGAUAGUGUUGUUUCGCCCAGAUGCUUCGGGGCAUCCGGCCUCAUGGCCGGAUGCCCCUAUGCGCCAGCAAUUGCCAAACUGGCACUGUUCCCGAGCCUUUCUUCAUUGCACAAGUCCAAACUUGCUGACAACAUCACGGCUUGGUUGGACGAUGUCAGUGUAGAUACUGAAGGCGCUCAAGCAGAGAAGACGGCACAUCGGGCUGUUCAAUCAUACCACUUGUUGAAGCAUGCCUUGCAGCAGGAUGGAACGGAUUACUCUGCAGCACGUCGUCGCAGGAUUACAGUUGCAAAGGCUCGUCAAGCAAAGGGCCAGGCCAGAUCAGGGCGUAUGCGAUCGCUCAAAGUUCCCUCCUUGUCCCACAAGUGGAGACUGUACAAAGGAGGCAUUUUCGCCUCAGCUGCUUGGGGUCAUCAGGCUCAGGGUAUUUCUCCGAAGCGUUUGAAGUGGCUGCGAGGGUGUGCUGCGCAGCAGUUGCAGCGACACAAGCUUGGCAGCCUUGAUUUGCUUUUCGAUUUGCAUAGCAAGUUUGAGGACCCUCUUAUCACUAUCUUAACACAGCACUUUGCCACGGUUGCUAAGGUUUUUCUUCGAUGGCAGGAGACACUGUGGGGUCAGCUCAAAACUUCUUGGAGCAGCACGUGGAGCCGACUCCAGGCUUCGCCGCACCCGUGGAAAUGUGUUUCUGGCCCGAUGGCGGCUGCGCAAGCCUAUCUCAUGCAACUUGAGAUCGAUGCUCACAGUUUGGAGCAUUGGAACUGGGAUGGUGAGGAUUUUGCCUGCACUUGGAAGGUUGCCUGGUUGGUGAAUAUGCCUUUCCCGUCUCCGGGCCUCAUGGGGAAUGUUCCACCUGGAGCUUUUCGUUACCAGGGCAAAUGGAUUGUGGCAAUUCUUCUGAGGCAAGACGCGUCGGUCUUACUCUGUCUGCUCAUGCGGGGCAUGGAUCUGGCUCCGGAGGAGGAUACAGAAUUGCAGCGUACGUGGCGCCCUGGAGGGUUGGCAACGCGCCAGAAGCAGAAGGGCCAGAGGGGCAUCAAUCAGGACGGUACUGUACACCGUGCACUGCAGUCAUUGUGGGAGAAGCUUGCUCCCGAAGUGCAGAAGGAACUGGCAAGCGCAGGGGUUAAACCCCCGGAGCCUCCCAAAGAAGAUGACCUGCUCGCCUUGCUGCGCUCUCACGAGGCUGCCCUCCCACAGGAGGUUAAGGACAAAUUGCAUGAAGCAGAGCCCAAGGAGACUCCCCAGGAGGCAGCUGUGUGUGCAUCCAGGGAGUACAAGACGAGCACGCUGCGGUUGCGUGAUCUGGGGCAUAAGAAAGUUCAGCUUCAGUCUUGCAUUGAUGACACGAAGAUGAAGCUACGCAAACAAUUGGAAUCCAUGAAAGAGUUGCUUUCCCAGAUUUCUGAAGCCCAGGCUGAAGUUGCCAAGGUCUCGGAACAGUUUAAGCAGGCUGUUUUGACGGAUCCAUCUGAGGAAGCAUCCGCUGAGGAUACCACGCUGUUGCAGCUGAUUGCUGAUGCUGGCAUCACUUUGACCCAAGAGCAGAUUGAUAAGCUGAAGUCUGUGGAGGAAGGUCAUGCCAUCAAGAAGCGCAAGCACGAUGCAAAGAGUCCUGAAGGGAUCACGUCAGCUCCGCCCGGCUUGGGGCAGGUGGCUUCUCAGGUCCCGGCGGGAGGACCAGCGCGCUUUGUUAGUGCAAGAGAAUGGAUUCAUCCACAUGUUACGGUCACGGAGACCGACCAGGCGUCCCAAACUCAGCUUGGCAGUGCAAAUGUGAUUUCGGAUGAGAUCGUUGGCAGCUGCAAUUUCACUCACGAGGCGUCGGCUAGAAGCUGUGCCACUGCUUCCCACGUCGCGAGCUCAUCCCACGUUGAGCCCAUGUCGGUGAAGGGAUGGUUUGCUGGGUGCGAAGUGGCCUGCACAAACGCUAUCAAUUUGAUGUACAACGGGUCCACCAGCCACGAUUUUUCCCGUGGAAGUGCGCCGGUACGGCUGCACUCCACUCAUGCCUAUGUCCACUGCGAGGCUUUGUCCCCGUAUUCCAGGAAGAUUCGGCUAUCGAAGCAGCCACCCCAGCAGAUUUGCAGCACAUCCGACUGUGUUCGUGUUGCGGUGAGGACCCAGGAGGUGGAGGUCAUGACCCGGAGUAGGAGUUUUUUCCCGGAGGAGGUGGGCCGAAGGCCAGAGGGUCCUGGGGGACCGGUUGGGAACACUGGCAUUUCAGGCCAAAUUUCCAUGCCCGAUGUGCGCCCUGCUGGCGGCACUCGGAAAAAUAAUGCCAAUUUGCAGUCCCGCCGUCCAGAUGCAAAACUACUUGCUAUGUGGCAUUCAUUACAGCGGGCCUUGCAGCCUGUGACAGAGAAGGAGAUUGUAAACCUUGUAUCCCGGUUAGAAGAAGCUGGGUAUCUUCAGGAGGGUAGUUUCCCGCAUUUUGCAGCCGAUCUCGCUCUGCAGGCAUGCCACGGCGAUGACCCGGCGCCGGCCAUUUCAGCAAUAGCAGAUGUCAUUGCCAAUUUGGGCAAGCCCGAUCGCGUCAGGAACCUCAAUAUCACUAGCGCCAACAUCACGAAAUGGCGCAAAGAAAUUGCACACUGGAUGUCUGAACAGGCGUGUGAUGCUUUUCUCCUCCAGGAAACCCAUCUUCCUGAGGAUAAAGGGGAACAGCUGGCCAAUGCUGUUGGUUCCCGAGGUUUCCAGUCGUUCAUCCUCCCAGCCGUGGCCACAGGUAACGGUGGUUUUUCAGGUGGGUUGGCGGUGUGUGUCAAGAAGCACCUUGAUGUUCGGGAGGUUACACAAUUUUCGCACAAAGGGGCGGGGUUCCUUUCGGUUGCCAUGCGGGUCAAAGGGACCGACCUUUACUUGGUAAGCGUUUACUUAAAGUCAGGUGAAGGCUUCCAAAGCCCCACCAAUGCUGCUGUCCUCAGCCGUCUCAUUCCCUUCCUGGCAUCAGUUCGUGGUUCUUUCCUUGCUGCCGGGGAUUUUAAUGAUGAUUUUGAGACACUUGCAACGACCAACAUUGCAGCUGAAUCCAAAGGUGCUUGGAUCGCACCUGAGGGGCCCACUAUUGCCAGUGGAGGCCGUCUUGAUUUCGGUCUUGUGUCGAGGUCUCUGGCACACUUGGUUGGGGUUAAAACGCAGUGGCUUACGCCCUUCAAGCCUCACGCUGCCUUGGAGUGGGAAUGCCAGGUCUCGGAUGUCAUCCUUAACAUCCCUCAACUGAAGCCCUUUAAGCCGCUUCCCGUCAAUGAGCAGCCUUUUGAAAUUCGGCCUGUCGAUCACCAGCUUCAUGUACUCGGGCUGUCCCCACAAAAUGCCACGCUGACCCAACAGUUUGGAGAGCUGUCUUCAGCCGUGGAGCGCUCGGUCUUUGGCCAGGUCCAGGGCAGAGGUGUGUGCAUUCAGGUGAUCAGGGCCCCUUUGCCGUUACAAGGUAGGCCUAAAGGCGGGUGGUGUGGGCACCAAUACGCCUUUUGGUCACGACUUGUGUCGUGGCUAGAAGUUUGUCAGAAAACGCCCCAGCCUUGCCCUAUGGGUCAGCACGUUGCUGCUCAGAUUGCAGAAUUUUGGCAUGGCACAGAGGACCAAUCGCAACCUUUCAUCGACCUCAUAGGCUCCGACGCGGCAGGGCCUUCCUUUGAAGUUGUUGCGACGCUUUUGCCACAGGCCAAAACGCAGUUGACCCAGAUCACAAAGGAAUGGAUGCAGGAUAAAUCCAAAUCCUAUAAAAAGUGGUUGGAGCAAGCAGCCACCGGAGGCAUGAGACCCCUUUUUCAGAGUGUCAAACAACAUGAAAGCAAAACUUUAAGGCCCUUCCUUGCAGCCCCACUUCAGGAGCGCAUUUAUUUGAAGUGGCGUCAAUGGCACGAAGUGUGGUGCAACCCUAAUGCAGGUGAGGUCGACAGCAACUUGGCGGCGGAGGUUAGGAGGCGAGCCAUCGCCCAGGCUCAAGCCUUACCUCCCAUUUCAGUGCAGCGGGCCACCGCGUACUUUCGUAAAGCAGCCAAAAAGGCCCCAGGCAUCGACGGUUGGUCGGCUGACAUGCUUCGUAACAUGUCGGCUGAGGCCACACAAGCUGUGCUCAACUUCUUGCGUACUUGCGAGCUCCAGGCGGAAUGGCCAGCCCAAAUCGCAGUAGCUCUCAUUUCCCUUCUUCCGAAGAGUGCUAAGAAGGAAAGGCCAAUAGCCCUUCUUCACUUCCUGUACCGCUCUUAUAUCCGUUUACGGUGGAGCCUCAUAGAGGAGUGGCAAGUCAUGUACUCCAAAAAAGCAGUAUGGGAUAAAGCAAUGCCAGGAUCCCAAGUGCUUGACGUUGCGUUGGGACGUCUAAUGAGGGGCGAGGCCUCCCGGCUCGCCAAGUCCCACAUGGUGUCCAUUUUUAUGGACUUAGAAAAUUUCUACGAUCGAUGCAGGUUCCAAGACAUGCUCCAGGCAGGAUUGGAACUCGACUAUCCGCCAUUACUUUUGCAUCAGGCCUGGCUUGUGUACUCAGCUCCCAGAUUCUUGCAGUCUGAAGGUGCUUUGGCACCACAGAUCACACCUACUCAAGGUGUGCUGGCAGGUUGCCCAGCCGCGCCAUCAAUCGCGAAACUCAUCAUUCACCCGAUCGCUGCUUCCAUUUCUUCUAAGACAGGCACCACGAACUUGGAUGUUUGGGUGGAUGAUCUUAGUUUAGAUACGGUUGAUUUUUCAGCGGACACUGCGGCGCGCACCAGCAUCAAACUCUUCAGAUCUUUGCGGUCGUCUUUACAUGCAAGAGGUGCCAGCAUUUCCUUGGACAAAACUUGCUUUGUGGCUACCUCCUCACAGACAGUCGCGGCACUGAAGAAACAUCGCUGCCCAACAGAUCCGGAGAUCAAGCCCUUUGUUUGUUCGGCCAUCAGGCGAUUGGAGUUUCGCCGAAGCGCGGCAGAUGGUAUCGCACCAUCACCGCCAAACACCUUGGACGUCAAAAAUUGGGUGGGUGCAUGGAGCCACAGCGCUGCAACUGCAAUGGACUUCGCGUGA